UAAAAAAAAUCUAUAAAGUACUACCUUCAUUACUGAAAUAAUUUUUUUUUAAUUGAGAAUAAACAUUUUUCACUAUUAUACCACCCUUAGAUAACUAAAUACAACAAUUUGAAAUUUAUGUUAUAUCACUAGCACACAUUUACUACACUUACUGUAUUGCUGCGAUUAUUGUGAAUUUUUCUUAUCUCAUCAAUUAUUUCACUCAAACGAGCAAGUGCAUUGUUUCAAAAAUUUAACAGUACUUUUCUGGACAGCUAAGAUGUAUUGUAAAGUUUCACUAACAUCUUUACUAACUGUUCAUUACUUUUAUGUUUAAUACGACAAUAAAAACUGAAAAAUCCUGAAAAUUCAUUGAUUCCAAUAAGAACUCAUGUUAAUAAAAUAUUUAAUAUCUAAAUAACUAGCUAAUUCAGCUUUCUGAAAUUUUGACAGUCAAUUUAUAUCACUAAUUUGAACUUCUCUGCAAAGUUUCAUGAAAAUAUAUUCAUUUUGAUUUAGCAGCGGAACUCCGUUAAGUCUUGAUUCUGCAAGAGUUACUGUAUACGUAUCGCGAGGUAGCGCGUAUGAUAGUGAAAUAAUGAAGCUAGAUCAGCUGAUCGUGGGAUAAAUUAUACGAUAGUACUAGAAAGUUGACAGGCACAAAAAACAGUGAAAUAAUGGUUUACUUGCAUGGGAUAAUUAGAUAAACAGCGACUUUGUGGCCGAUAGAGAGCCACGAAAAGGACCACUUUCGACGCACUUGCAACAAAAAAUUAAUUUUUGUUACAUGUGCGUCGAAAUCACCCUUUUCGUGUCCUUUUUUUCUUCAGAAAAUCACUGAUUUUCCAUAGAAUAAUUUUUUCACACAAGUAAUUCAUUAUUUCAGCGAUUUCAUCUUCUCAAUAAAUAGUGUAAGCCAUGCAGAAAUAUCUUUCUGCAUGUCUUUUCUGCACAUUUACCUCUGCACGUUUGCUUUCGUAUUACAUCGUUACGUUCGCAAGCGCUCCAUCUCGCAACAUACGAUAAUUCUCGCAAAAUUACUGACGCUUCGUUACUUUCACAAACCUAAUUUUGGAUAACUUGUUAAUUCGUAUCACUUAAAAAUUAGUAAUAACGUGGUGAUUAGUAUCAGUAAAAAGAAAUACCAAAAAUCAGAAUAGAGAAACAUAACUCGAAAGUGAUAGCAAACACACCUCCAAUCGUCCAAACCGCGAAAGAGACUAUAGAGAAAUUAAUUAAUAAUCUAAAAUUAUAUAAAAAUAAAGUUUCUUUACAUUGCGGAGGGCGGAGGGGCUCUACCCCUGAAAUAAUAUAUUCGUGUAAUCCUUUAUUACUUUGUUUUCCGUACGCUUUCCCUCGUUAUUGCACUCAUGUCAACUCACAACAUAACGUAUAUGAACUGAUAUGAACUUUCGUAGAAUUAUUGACGCUUUGUCGCUUUCGUAAAACUAAUUUUAGCGCAUCUGUUUGUUUUCGAAAAAGGUAUACAUACCGACUUUUCACACAUUUGUAACAAAAGAAACGUGCAACCAGUGCUAUUCAGUUCAGCUAUUACUCACGAGUUCAGGGAGUGGACGCACAAACCAAAAGCGUAUUUGUUGCACAAUAUGCUAUUAAAAUUAAUAAUUUUUAAAAUUAUAACAAUUAUACCAUACAUUUUAAAAUUAAAGUAAUGCUAAAAUUUCUCUGCAUGCUUUCCCGAGAAAACUUGUAACUGUAAAUCCCAUAGAUCUAAAUUGUAAAAGCGCAUAGAAAUAUGCUCUGAAGAGUUACUUUUGACAAGAGUUUAUGGCUUGAAGUAAAAUGUAUAUAUCACAAUUAAUAAAAUUAAUAAAAGAGAAACAAUUUAUUAUGGAAAUUAUUGCAUUGUAAAUAUAUAUAUAAGAUUUCGGCUAGACCCACUUCGAGACCUUGAGGCGACUCAGAUAAGACAUUUGCUUUUAUGUGCACAGCUGCUCAGCUUUAUUUCGAGUAGUAUUAAUCUUGAGUUGAAAUAGAAUGUUGCGCAGUUUUCCAAAAUGUUCAAAAUUGAGUAUCGUGCUUAAUCAAAUUCUUGAUUAAAGAAAGUCUUACGAUGCAGAUUAAAAAACAUUUAAAUGGGAGUUUAGAUGGGUAUUCUUUUUUCUUACUUUCCAUUCUAUUCGGCUGUGAAAGAAUGGACCAAAUUAUUUAAAUUGAGAAUCUUUGGAAAAUGAUUAUCAUUCCAGUCAACUUAUGAAAGUCAUCACUUUAGGAACAAAUCAAUCUUAUGAAGGCUAAAUUACUAAUGAUGGGCGUUUGAAGAACAAAAAAAUUAGAAUAUUAGAACUGUAGAAAACAUGCACUAUAGAAAUUUUGGAACGCAGCUAACUUCAGAUGACCAGGUUCUGAAAAAAGUGCAAGAAGAACUACUUGCGUAUGAAAACACUCAAAUCAGCAUCCUUGAAUUAAGUCAUCGAUCGAAUGAUUUUAAAAAAGUUAUUGACGACGCGCAGGUUACAUUACGAGAUAUUCUCAAUAUUCCUGACAACUAUAAAAUCCUGUUUAUGCAAGGAGGUGGUACCGGAAUUUUUGCGGCAGUUCCUUUGAACAUUAUGAAUACCGGAAUUGCGGAUUAUUUAGUAACUGGUUCAUGGUCUGCAAAAGCGGCAAAAGAAGCGACAAAGUAUGGAAAAAUAAACAUGGUUUUACCUAAAGUUACGAAAUAUACAGAAAUACCAGAUCCUUCCACAUGGAACUUAAAUCCAAAUGCAUCAUACGUUUAUUAUUGUGCCAAUGAAACUGUGCAUGGAAUUGAAUUUGAUUAUAUUCCGGAAACAAACGGCAUACCACUUGUUGCUGAUAUGUCAUCUAAUAUACUUACAAAACCUCUUGAGAUAUCGAAGUUUGCGGUAAUUUUUGCGGGUGCACAAAAAAAUAUUGGGCCGGCUGGUGUUACUUUAGUAAUCAUACGAGAUGACAUGCUUGGUCAUCCUAUGGACGUAUGUCCGACAGUGUUGAAUUUUACUGUCAUGGCGAAUGAUAAUUCAUUGCACAAUACACCGCCCGUAUUUCAAAUAUACGUAGUGGGCUUAGUAUUUGAAUGGAUUAAACGCAAUGGUGGAGUCGAAGGUAUGCAAAAUUUUGCGAAGAAGAAGAGCAGCAAGAUAUAUGAUGUCAUUGAUGGAUCAGGCGGAUUUUAUAUGUGUCCCAUCAAACCAGAUGCACGUAGUAAAAUGAAUAUUCCGUUCAGAAUAGGAAAUGGCAAUGAGGAACUGGAAAAGAUGUUUCUUUCUGGUGCCGUAGUUCGCGGAAUGUUGCAGCUAAAAGGUCACAGAUCAGUGGGUGGAAUACGCGCAUCUUUAUAUAAUGCCGUCACGGAAGAAGAGGCGGAAACAUUGGCCAAUUACAUGAAAUGGUUUUAUGAUUUACAUUGUAAAAAAACUGAAAAAUAAUUUCGAAAAAUUAUAAGA